AUGCCUGUCAUUUCACGCCUUGCGUCUAUUAUUCUACGCAUUGCGGAGAUUGCCUUUGCAGCUGUCGUCGCAGGUGUUAUUGGACAUUAUCUUGCCCAGGUCAACAAUAGCAGCCCAGAUGUUGACUGGUCGCCCCAGGCGCGAUGGAUUUACACUGAAGUAAUUGCUGGCCUAUCGAUAUUACUGGGCCUCAUAUGGCUGAUCCCGUUCUCAUCGGGAUUCUUCUCCUGGCCGAUGGAUAUAAUCAUUUCGCUUGCUUGGUUCGCUGCGUUCGGUGUACUCGUCGACACUCUCCACCGCUUGCCCUGCGGCAGCAUCUGGUCCUGGCGCUUUAGCGGGGAUCAUAUGUGUGGCCGGUGGAAGGCAGCAGAGGCCUUCAGCUUCCUUUCUGCUAUCGUCUGGCUUGUUUCUGCCAUCGUGGGGAUCUGGUUUACCUUCCGCGUUCGUGACAGCACCAACGAUGGAGUUCGCCGCCGCUGGGGUCGCUCCGCUGUCUAG